GUUCGCCAGCGUCGUUUAUUGUGUUUUUCCUCCGUGAAGUUCACAGCUCGACGCUAUGGCAAGAACCAAGCAGACCGCUCGUAAGUCCACUGGUGGCAAAGCGCCCAGGAAGCAACUCGCCACUAAGGCUGCUCGCAAGAGCGCCCCGGCUACCGGCGGCGUGAAGAAGCCUCACCGUUACAGGCCCGGCACCGUGGCUCUGAGGGAGAUCCGCCGUUAUCAGAAGUCUACUGAGCUGCUUAUCCGCAAACUGCCCUUCCAGCGCCUGGUGAGAGAAAUCGCUCAGGAUUUCAAGACCGACUUGCGUUUCCAGAGCUCGGCCGUCAUGGCCUUGCAGGAGGCUAGCGAGGCGUACCUGGUCGGUCUGUUCGAGGACACCAACCUGUGCGCCAUUCACGCCAAGAGAGUGACCAUCAUGCCUAAGGACAUUCAGCUGGCCCGCCGUAUUCGCGGAGAGCGCGCUUAAACCUCAAUUCUGUCUAACGUACACAAAGGCUCUUUUAAGAGCCACCACAUUCUCUCUGAUAAAUGAGCACUUCUUCAUAUCUGUGUGUGUGAGCUCAGAGUUUGUUGUAUAAAGUUCACUUUG